AGGAGAGAGAAGAGAUAGAAAGAAAAAGAGAGAGAAUAGAGAGACGCAGACAGAGAGACAGAGAGAGAGAGAAUUUUAUUAAACAAUAAUUAAAAUUUAUACGAAUUUAGCUAUUCACCUAAACUAUACUAAUUGAUACUAAAUUAUAUUAAUUUAUACUAAUCUAUACUAACCUAGCUCUCCCCGGGAUGGGAAAUGCAAAGAGCGGCGCGAUCUCGCAGGAGAUGCUGGAUGACCUGCGGCAACGGACGCGCUUCUCUGAGGCGGAGCUGUCGCGCUGGUUCGGGGAGUUCCGGCGGGAGUGCCCAACCGAGCGAGUCUCGCAGGCCGAGUUCGAGCGCGUCUACCAGCGUCUGUUCCCGGACAGCGACGCACAGGCAUACUCAAGCCACGUCUUCCGCUCCUUCGAUGUGAACGGCGAUGGCACACUGGACUUCCGCGAGUACAUCAUCGCCCUGCACCUCACCUCCUCCGGGCUGACCUCGCUGAAACUGGAGUGGGCGUUCUCGCUCUUCGACGUGGACAACAGCGGAGCGAUCACCAAGGGGGAGGUGCUGGAGAUCACCCGGGCAAUCUUCAAACUGAUCCCACAGGAAGAGAGAAAGGAUUUACCAGAGGAUGAAAACACAGCAGAGAAACGAGCAGAUAAACUGUGGAGCUACUUUGGAAAGAAAGAGAAGGAGAAGCUGUUGGAAGGGGAGUUCAUUGAGGGGGUGCUGGAGAAUGAGAACGCACUGAGACUGAUUCAGUACGAACCGAAGAAGAAGUGAUGAGACCCCCAACCCCCGAGAUAAAUGAGUGCAGCCAGACAGGAGCAACUACGGCUAAUACUACCGUAGCACACUGUACUGAAUUAAUAAUACUGUACCACACUGUGCUGAAUUACUAAUACUGUACCACACUGUACUGAAUUACUAAUACUGUACCACACUGUACUGAAUUACUAAUACUGUACCACACUGUGCUGAAUUACUAAUACUGUACCACACUGUGCUGAAUUAAUAAUACUGCACCACACUGUGCUGAAUUAAUAAUACUGUACCACACUGUACUGAAUUAAUAAUACUGUACCACACUGUGCUGAAUUAAUACUACUGUACCACACUGUACUGAAUUAAUAAUACUGUACCACACUGUGCUGAAUUAAUAAUACUGUACCACACUGUACUGAAUUAAUAAUACUGUACCACACUGUGCUGAAUUAAUACUACUGUACCACACUGUACUGAAUUAAUAAUACUGUACCACACUGUACUGAAUUAAUAAUACUGUACCACACUGUGCUGAAUUAAUAAUACUGUACCACACUGUACUGAAUUAAUAAUACUGUACCACACUGUACUGAAUUAAUAAUACUGCACCACACUGUGCUGAAUUAAUAAUACUGUACCACACUGUGCUGAAUUAAUACUACUGUACCACACUGUACUGAAUUAAUAAUACUGUACCACACUGUACUGAAUUAAUAAUACUGUACCACACUGUACUGAAUUAAUAAUACUACACCACACUGUGCUGAAUUAAUAAUACUGUACCACACUGUGCUGAAUUAAUACUACUGUACCACACUGUGCUGAAUUACAAACCGUGUCUCACCCUGGGAUGGCACGGGGGCUUCACUGUGUAUAUUUACUGUGUGAAGCUGUGUCAGGUCCGCGGAUUUAAAAGACAGAUUCACUGUAUUUAGAUUUUUCUUGUAAACCUGAGAAUCUAUAAAGAAAUACAAAGAACACAAAUAAUAAAAUACUGUGAUUAAAACA